AUGGCGACGCUCCGAUCCGCCCUCCGGCACCUGGCACCGGCCGCUCACUUCCUCAGCAAGGGCGGCGGACGCGGCAGCUCUGGGCCUAGCUUCACCGCCUUCAGGCGGAAGCAUUCCACCGGCGGCGGUGUAUUCUACAGUACGAUACUGUGGGACGAACCCUUCAAUUUGAAAACGCCGGUGACCUGGUUCGCAAUCAUCGCCACCGCCAUAGGAGCUACUUACAGGAUAAAGGUGCAGAUGAUUGAUCAUGAAAAGCAGAAGGCAGGUGGACAUGCUGAGGGGAAGAAAAAGAUAACAUCUGAAGCAUCUGUGCCGUCUUCCUUUUAA